UACUAAACCACGACGACAAUUUCCUAGUUCCUUUUAAUAUUUCAAUUUGAGACGUCUGCGGCAACAUCAUCUUGGGUUAUUGCGCCGGCGCAUGGAGUCUUGAGAACAAUUAAUUGUCCUCGAAGCAGGGCUUCACCUUCACCCGUUGCAUCAUGCGCGGUAUUCUCAAGGCUGCGGCCGUCAUUCUAUCAGCACUAUCCCAUUCCUCACUUGCGCAUUCUGUUAAGCGAAAUGCCUUGAAUUAUAUUAGCCGCCUCGAUAAUCCCGUAAUUCAUACCGCCUCUAAUCGAGUACACGCCUAUUCCGAGUUCGACCUCACAUUCCUACUGCACGACCAGAAGGACAAGAUCCGGAUUGUAUUAGAACCUAACCUCGAUGUCCUUUCAGAUACGGCCGUGGUACGCUAUCUUGGCCCCGACGGGUCCGUGACAGAGGAGAAAAUAGAAAGGAAUGACCACAAGGUGUUCAAGGGCCACGCCUUCGUACAACACCCGCAUCAUUCAGAAUGGAUCAAUUCCGGUUGGGCGAGGAUAACGGUAUUUCGAGAUGGACCAAGGCCCUUGUUUGAGGGCACAUUCCGAGUCAACGGGAACCACCACCACAUUCAGACGAGUUCUAACUACAGACAAACGCAGCACGAGGAUGAUCCCACUGUAGAAUUUUCCGAUGACGAGUACAUGGUUGUUUGGAGGGACUCGGAUAUAAAGUCGAAUUACGAUGUUUCAGAGUUAAAGCGUGGACUCGACGAGAACUCGUGCUCGUCCGAUAUGCUUAACUUCAAUAACGAGGACGACCACCCCGUACAUCGGGGCUUGGAUCUCCGCGACAUGUCGGCGGUAGACGCAAAGAGUCUUUUCGGCCGCGACGAGAUCGACGGAACUACCACCGGGAAUGGUGCUGGCGUUAACCUUGCUCAGAGUAUCGGGUCUACUCAGGGUUGUCCUACUACUCGCAAGAUUGCUCUCGUUGGGAUAGCUGCAGACUGCACUUACACGGCACUUUUUGCUAAUAAGAGCGACGUGCGUUCCCACAUCGUUCAACAGGUCAGCUCAGCCUCGGCAUUAUUCGAGAGUUCGUUCAAUAUCUCGCUAGGUAUCCAGAAUCUGACCAUCAGCGAUGCGACAUGCCCGGGAACCCCCCCGGAGAGUGCUAGAUGGAAUGUCGCCUGUAGCGAUAGUGUUACUAUUACGGACCGACUUAACUUGUUUUCCGAGUGGAGAGGUCGGUUCAACGACACCAAUGCGUAUUGGACGCUGUUGAGUACGUGCAAUACUGAUGCGGCCGUGGGCCUGGCAUGGUUAGGACAGCUCUGUUCCCAAGGGUCGGGGACUCAAGCUGCUUCAAGCGGAGGGAAUGAAACGAUUGCGGGAGCUAACGUCGUUGUCCGAACCUCGACCGAAUGGCAAGUGUUUGCGCACGAAUCAGGCCAUACUUUUGGUGCUUUCCAUGACUGCACACCCGAUACAUGCUCAGACGGCACCGUUUCGAUGCAGAAGUGUUGCCCACUUAGCACAUCUACGUGCAAUGCUAACGGCGGCUUCAUUAUGAACCCUUCGACCUCUGACAGCGCUACGCAGUUCUCUCCUUGCACCAUUGGCAACAUUUGCUCAGCUCUGGGUCGGAACAGUGUAAGAUCAAGCUGUUUGACGAACAAUAAAAACGUUGUCACUAUCUCACCAAGUCAGUGUGGCAAUGGUAUCGUGGAGGCGGGAGAGGACUGCGAUUGUGGAGGUGAAGAGGGAUGCGUCAAUAACAACUGCUGCGACCCUGGAACCUGUAAAUUCAAGACGAAUGCCGUGUGCGAUCCGACUAACGAAGACUGCUGUACGGGCCAAUGCCAGUUCAAGUCGUCGGGGUCAGUUUGCAGGGAAAGCACUGGCUCAUGCGACCCUCAGGAGACGUGCAGUGGAAAUUCCGGAACAUGCCCUGCCGAUGUCAAGGCAGCCGAUGGUCAAGCCUGUGGUGCUAGUGGUGGAGGCUUAACCUGUGCUUCUGGACAAUGCACUUCUAGAGAUCUGCAAUGCCGGACUUUAGUAGGUUCGUUGACUAAUAAUAACGACACCUCGGCUUGUGACUCGCAAACUUGUCAACUACGAUGCGCUUCGUCUCAACUCGGACCGAAUGCCUGCUAUGAUAUGCAGCAACACUUCUUGGACGGCACUCCUUGCCAAGGUGGAGGGAAAUGCGACAACGGACAAUGCAAAGGGUCCAGUUUCACAGACCAGGUGGGAACCUUCUUCAACGACAAUAAGAACAUCAUCGUUCCCGUAGUAGCGGCUGUCGGUGGCGUCAUCGUCCUCGGCUUGCUAUGCUGUAUAAUCUCGUCCUGUCGGCGCCGGGCGCGGAGAAGAAAGAUAGCUAAGAUAACACAGCCGAACAGCAGUUGGGUUGGUGGUGCCGGGGCAGUCUCGCGACCGCCCCCAGCAGCCCCAGGAAGAAACCGUGGUCCGCCGCAACAACAGUCCUGGCAAGGUCAGGAUCAGUGGGCGGUGCCUAGAGUACCUACGACGCGGUACGCCUAGUCAUUUGGGGCGGGAGGACCUAGGCUGGCAACUGGGGAAUCUAAGAUGUUGUAAGGGCAUCAUAGAGGGUAUUCCCACAAAGGUCACAAAGGUGAUGGUCAUACAUAUCGCGGCGUUUCAGGCGUUCUAGGCCAAGCAUGCAUGCAUUUUGUUGGGUACCCGUGACUACGGUAUUCUGGGACUGAUUAUUAUUUUCAGGUGUUUGGAUACCAUCGGAACACACUAUCUUGGGUAUAUAUGUGUAUAGGUAUAGACAUAGGGUCUAUGGUUUUUAUUUUGCCCAGUCGGCUUUGGUGGGACUGGGAAUUAUCUAUCUGUCGGGCAAACAAGGCCGUAUUUUGGCCCCUUGAGAAGGAGGAGAAACAGAGGAGGAAUUAGGGUGUGGUUCGGAUAAUACCGACUACCCUAGCUGACGAACGCUUAUGACCAGGAACAACAAAUAAAUAUAACUAUUAUAAGCUACUAGGUCGGCUUUUUGUCUUGUUCUUCGUGUCUGUAUAUCUAUAUAUCUACCUUAUAUCUAUAUCCCCUUUUAAUAAAGCUCUACUGUCUCGUUUUCGUGGAAGCAGAUUCUGAAAUAGUUGAUUGGACUUAAUAUUAGUGAGCGGCAGUCUUGC